UGAUGUGAUGUUAAAGGAGUGAAAGAGAGAGAAAGAGAGAGAUUGAGAGAGAAUUUGAAUUGAAACCGAAUUAGGAUAAUUUUGACUCUCUCUCCCAAUUACAAUUACUUUUGAUUAUCUGUUGUCAACAUUAGCAACUCUUGUCAAUAACUUUGAACCAUCAAAAAAAUAUAAAAAGGGAGUUGAAGUUAAUCUAGUUGCAAGUUUCUUUUCCAUUUUCACUCUUCUCAUCUUUUCUCUCUAUUUUUAUGUAUAUUAUUCACUGUUCUAAUAUAAGUUCCAUUGCUCUGAACAUCUUUACUCUUUCCUCGAACCUUCAAACAGUAACAUCAAACAUCUUUAACCAUCCAAUUUAAAUCUCAUCAACAACAGUUAAAUUGUUCUCAUCUCCAUCUUUAUACCCAAAUGUCUCUCUAAACCCAUUCAUCUCAAAGUUGCUCUUUUUUCUCUUUCUUUUUUUUCGUUUUCGUUUUGGUUCAUCUCUGAACUUGUCUUUCUUUCUUCAGCCAAUCUCUUCAGUUGACCUACAAAUUUAACCAAAGGACACUUGAUUUUGUUUCUUUGUAAACUUGUUCAACCAUCAUGAGUACCUCAGUUUGUCAACAACCAGCACCAGCUCCUAGUGGACCAGAAAUUGGGCCAGCCAAGUGGACCCAAUUCAAUAGUCCAACACUGGCUCCAGGUAAACGUCAAUCGCCCAUCAACAUUGACCGAUCAACAUGUUUGGUAAAGAAACAUUUGGUUGCCCGACCCUUGCGUUACGAGUUUCCAACUCUCAUCGAAAACCUUGAAAUGGUCAACUCGGGCCAUGGAUGGACAGUCAACAUUCCACCACACAUUGCGGAUAAAACAGCACUGACCGAUGGACCUUUGACAUAUAAAUAUAAAUUGGUUCAGUUUCAUGCUCAUUGGGGAUGUGAUUCGUCCUGUGGCUCUGAACACACAAUUGAUGGCCAUUCCUAUGCAGCUGAGCUUCACUUUGUCCAUUACAAUUCAACCUUAUUUUCAUCAUUUGGUGAAGCCGUUCAAAAGGAUUUAGGUUUAUCCGUAAUUGCCGUUUUCUUGGAGAUUGGAAACAAGAAGAAUGAUCAAGUUGAAAAGAUUGUCAAAAAUCUAAAGUCGAUCAAGUAUAAAGAGGAGAAGACAACCAUUUCAGAGGCGAUCUCACUCGCAGGAUUUUUCCCUGAAAAGAAAUCAUAUUUCACGUAUGAAGGAUCAUUGACAACAUCGCCAUACUAUGAAUCUGUAACUUGGAUUGUCUUUGAAAAUCCUGUAACAGUAACUGUUGAUCAGAUCGUUUCAAUGAGACAGUUAAUGUGCACAACCAAAGCAAUGGAGAAUAAAGAAUCACAUGGACUUGCCCAAAACUAUCGAUUACCUCAGCCAUUGAAUGGACGUGAGGUUACUUACGUUCGCUAAAUAAAGAAUGAAGGAGAAGCUGAUGAAAUCUGUCGACAAAUGACUAUUUUUUAAUCUGAAUGUAAAGACAGAUUUUACAAGCUUGAGGAAGAUGAAAAUGAACCCAACCUACAAAUUUAAAGGAUAACCAUGCCAAACAAACCCAACAAGUGUAGCUUCAAAGGUCCUUUAGAGUCCUCGUAUCGUAACUCUUCCUUAUCUAUUGAAUCCGCCAAUCGUGUAAAAACACUGUCAAAGACAAUCAAGAAUCGACGACGAAAAAAAAUAGUCUUAAUGAAAGGAGAAAGCCUCUAUUUUCGAGUCCAAUGCAACAUAUAGUGAGUUUUAAACCUCAAACAACGAGUCUCAAUUGAGAAACCAAGGAUAUUCAAAGCAAAAUUCAUAGACGUAAAAGAAUCCUAAACCUUUAAUAGCUCUCUACUAAUUCAAAGUCUUUCGAGUUGUUAACCUGUUCACCUUUUUUGGUAAAAUACCCUUCACCUUCCUGCCUGAGUCUACUUCAUCAAAACCACCACUUUGACCUGAUUUUUUGCUCUCUAUCCUGUUAAUUAUAAACACUGAUGAUUUCAAAGCACAAGACAAACAACCCAGCAAAAAGCAUCUUAUAUUAGACAUGAAAGUCACAAAAUAGCUGAUUAUAUUUUAUUGUUACAUUUAAUAUAUAUUUCAAUCAACAUAUUGUUAUUUUGAAUGAAGUCUACAUUUACAUUCAACAAUGUAUUACCAAGCAAAGGUACCAUUAUGGACUGGAGUGAUCAAUCGCUGGAAAUUAUAGUUUAAUCGAGAAGAUCAAAAGUGUCAAGCAAUAAGCAGCUACUUUAUGGAAACACAAGGAAUUCCUUGGACUGACGAAAUUUUCUGUUCAAAAUUUCCUGAUAGAUCUGAAUAUAAUCAAAGUAUUAUUAUAGAGAUAUUUUACCCUGUAUAGCAAAGGGAAAAAAUUGAAAUGAAAAUUAUUAUUUGUAAAUAUUUAACCACUUAAAAGCCAAGCAAGGAAAGGAUUUACAAUUUUCUCCUCUCAUUGUAAUAAUUGGUGCUGCAAUAUACAAUUAAUUACCAUUUGCAACAAAGUCAACAUUAUAUGCAAUUGUUGGAAGUUUAAAAUGAUUGGAAAUGCGAUGAAAAAUGACAUUGUUAAUCGCUGACUGAGCUAAUUGUGAUGAUUAUGGACAAACAAAUGUUCAAAUGAAUGUAUCAAAAUGUAUUUGAAUGUAUUUUUCACCGAAGAAAGCCAUUGUAAAGACCUUUUUAUUUUUCAGUUAAUUGUUGGCCAACGAAAAGAUUGUUAAAUUUGUUAAACUUGUUCUGAUUAGACAAUAAUGUUGUACAAUGUAAUCUCAAUCAGUUGACCAGAUUAAUUUAAUUUUGUCUAUAUUGCAUGUAGUCGGGAGAUUUCUUGGAUUUCCAAAUUUCUCUCAAAUUGCAUUUCUGGUCAACUGUUUAGUUACAUUAAUUUAAUAAUUUGAAUUGUAUCAAGCGUUUUACUUGUUAGUAUUAAUUGCUAUUAUUGAACAUUUCUUUUAUUGUUACUUCUAUUUGAUCAAUUGUUAGAUUUAAUAUUAUUUGUUCCUUCUUUGAUUAUUAUUUUACUUUAACAGUUGAAAUGUAGCUCAACAAUUGUUAAUUCAGCUGUUAUUCAAUAUUUCAAUAAUUAUCAUUUAGAU